UCACUCCCCCCUCCCCAUAUCCCGUGCGGAUAAGCCCUGAUGUUCUUCACUGCCUCUCUACAUACAUUCCCCGACAGCCCUCCCUCUGCCAGCAUGGGUGGCCGGCGUCCAGCGCGGUGAGCGGUGCUGGGGUGCUGGGGCGCCCCCCCCUCCUGGGGUAGGAGUGAUGGGGUCUCCCCAGGGAUACCGAGCUUCCUGGUGGACCUUCCUUCUGCACCAGGCACCGCACAGCAACUUCCAGUUUGAGCCAGUGGGGAGCGAGUUUGCCCCAGAGGAUUGGGGGUACCAGCAGGCGUUGCUGUUUCUGGCUAGCAUCUCAGGCCUCUGCUUUGCCAUCAGUCUAGUUCUCAUCUGUGUCUACCUGAUACGCUUCUGCUGUUGUAGCCAUGAAGAUGAUGAGGAAACGAAGACACAACGAGUUUGCUGCAUCACUUGGAGCUGCGUGGCAGCAGUUAUCGUCUGCUGUGCUGGGAUUGGCAUUGGUUUCUAUGGAAACAGCGAGACCAACGAUGGUGUAUACCAGGUCACAUACUCACUGCUGAAUGCCAACCACACACUAAGCUCCAUUGAUACUCUGGUCUCAGAAACAGUGGAGCUCUUAUCAGCCACAGUACGGGGGGACCUCACUCAGCUGGAGGAGACACUUGCACCGAGAACAGAGCUGGUAGCUGUGGUCAGGAAUACACGCCGCCAAACUGAGGCAGUAGCACAGACACUGGAUGGCAUUCCUUUCUGGGGAGAGGCAAGCGGAGGGCCCAGCAACCUAGCAGACCAGAUUGGUUACCUGGAAGAUUACAGGUGGCUGGCCUACAUUUUGCUGCUGCUGUUGGACCUCAUCAUCUGUCUCUUCAUCUUGCUGGGACUGGCAAAGCAGAUCAAGUGGCUGGUAAUCGUAAUGACUGUGAUGAGUUUUUUUGUUCUCAUCCUGAGCUGGGGCUCCAUGGGGCUAGAAACAGCAGCAGCUGUGGGACUGAGUGAUUUCUGCUUUGAACCAGAUGGCUAUGUGAUGAACACAACUCAAGCCAGGACUGGACUCAGCCCAGAAAUCUUGCAGUACUACUUAUCCUGCAGCCAAGAUGUCUUUAACCCUUUCCAGCAGAGGCUCACCAUGUGUCAAAGGGCUCUAUCCAACAUACACUCUCAGCUGUAUGGAUUGGAGAGAGAAGCUGUCCCACAUUUCCCUGCAGCUGAGAAGAACAUCUUGUCCAUCCAAAGCACUUUGAACACCACGGAAAGCAAUUUCCACCACCUUGUCGCUCUGCUUAACUGCCGGGGACUUCACAAGGACUAUGUGGAUGCCCUGAAGGGGCUGUGCUACGAUGGCAUGGAAGGGGUCCUCUUCCUUCUCCUCUUCUCCUUCUUCUCGGCCCUUUCCUUCACCACAGCUGUCUGCAGUCUGCCCCGUGCCUGGAAGAGGUUCCAGAACAGGGACUCGGACUACGACGACAUGGAGGACGACGACCCUUUCACGCCCCAGGCACGUAGGCCGCCGAUGGUGCGCGCGGGGGGGGCCGGGCCCACCCUGCCCGGCUCCUAUAGUCACUGUUCAAGCUGGGGCAGUCGUGGCAGCCUGCGCCUCUCAGCCCCCCCCAUUUCCAACGCCCCCGUCUCACAGUACAUGAGUCAAAGCGCUUCGUACAGUGGCAGUCCUCGAUUUGAGAGUGUCCCCCUCAUCGAUCGUCAUUCCCCACCCCCAUCGUAUUCCCCCAGCAUGCGAGCGUCUUACGUCGGUGCUAGCGAAGAAGUGGACCUCCCCUACCGGACUGGAUUCCUGUCCUAGAUGCACCCCCAGAAGACCCCAACCUACAUCCACACCAUCUAACUAACACAGAGCAGACCCCGCCUCCCCACCUCUUAAUGGAGCUCGACCGAAAUGAGCUCUGUCACUGUGUGCCCCCCCUCCGCCUCUUCACCUGGAUCUUUUCUUCACUCAUUUCUUUUACCUGCCCUUUAAGAGAAAGAAAGAGGAAGGGGGCAGGUUAUUAUCCCUUAGGGGAGGUAAAGGAUAUUAACAGAAGCAGGAUUGAGGAGUAAGAAAAGGCAAAGGAAAGGGGAUCUGGGGGGGGGAAGUAAUAUGAACAGGUACGGCUGAGCAAUAAGACAAGGCUGAGCCACACACACAAAAAAGGCAAAAGAGACAAAAGUAGGUAAAGGAGUGAAGAAACGGAAGAAAACAGCUGGUGUGGGAUAAGGAUAUUUAAAAUGUUGAGCGAAUGAAUCUAAGUUUGUAUACAAAGAAGCGUGUGAGAGAGCCAAUGAAUGAGUGUAAUGAUGGAGCGGAUGCUGGAAAGAAAGGAUAGAUCAAAAGAGCAAAAGGAUGAGGGAGAGAAAAGGUGGCGCCCUAAACUUGAAAUACAAAACAACUAAAGCCACCAGCCAGUGACUUGUUCCUGUUCCAUGUUCUUACAGUGGGCAUACCAGAAAGGUGAGGACCACCACUGGGUCCCACAGGGACAUUUGAGGGAAGAGGGGAGUCCAACAGGGGCCCAAAGUCACCCCUACUCCCCACCAGCUUCCUUGCUCCUCAUUAGAGCCCCCCCAACACUAACAAGCAUUUGGAACUUGCCCAGUUUAAAAUAAAAGGGAAACUUUAUUUUA